ACUAAACUUCCCAAUCAUAGAGCAUAAUAGAAAGCGGGAUAUUACAAUACUCACUUCUUUGUUCUAGCCAACCUUGUCUCAGCUCCGUCUUAGUUUGACAAUAACUACUCCACAAGCUCAUUGUAAUCAAACAAUGCGUCUUCAAGCAAACCAACAGCUUGUUCAAUAUGUAUUUAUAUGCGCGGACAGGGUUUUGGCCUGGAUGGACGAAGCUUCAGACUUAGCAACUUGGCUAAGACAGCUUAACGAUCAGUUACAACCAGCUCUUGAAUUGGAUCUUAGCUUGGUCAGCAUUCAGGAUGUCAGCGACCGAUAGAGCCCCAAAAACGAUAGAGCAGCUUCGAUCUGCCCUUCGGUUAGAGGAUCAGAGCAAGGCCGAGGCACUUAUUCAGGCCGAGCCUGUCAAGGAAGCCUACCGGAAAUAUGCAAACCGAUGUCUCUCAUCAAGCUCUACAACUAAGUUGUUACCGGACUGGAAGGAGGUUGACGAAUAUCUCAUAGAAUUGAGAAUGAGAUUAGGGGGCAAGACAUUAGAAGAAGUGGUAGAACAGAAGUGCAACGAGCAACGGUACGAGCUCAAACCCCAUGUAGCACUGUUCGCGCUGCGGAUCAUGACGUUCUUUAAGAGUGAGGAAGGCGAGGUGUACGACAACCCUCUAGAACUUCACAGAGUACGGAUCAAGGAAGACGUCUCAUUCGAUCGCUGCGUUAGGAUUAUGAAUCUUCUUGGUUUUCUAGUUAACCAAAACCGAGAGAGACAAGCAGAAAGAGCUGCGGCUGCUGCUGCUGCUGCUCCUGCCGCAGCCGCCGCUGAGGCAGAACAAAACUGGAUAUGAACCAAAGUAAAGUUGAUGAUUUAGUCAUAUCUAUUGAAUAGGAGAGGAUUUGGAGGUUGAUAUUUAUUAUGAUACCCAGGUACCCAGAUAGCUAAGGUAAAGACUCCA